GCCGAUUCCGCUAGUAUUCUCUUCUAGUCCCAUAUCUUUAACUCAAAUAACCUUCAAUGUCUCUGAAACUUGAAAACCCCUCUGUUGUGCUUAAACAGGUUGGCGAAAUCGUCAUUGAGAACCGCCCCGUCCCCAAGCUUCAGGACUCGCACUACGUCAAGAUCGCAAUCAAAAAGACCGGGAUUUGCGGCUCUGACGUGCAUUACUACACCCACGGGAGUAUUGGCCCGUUUGUGGUGAAGAAUCCGAUGGUGCUAGGCCACGAAUCUGCGGGUAUCGUCGUGGAAAUCGGGGCUGACGUGCAGAAUAUUCAGGUCGGUGAUAGGGUCGCCGUGGAGCCAGGUGUGCCAUCCCGCUACUCCGACGAGUACAAGAGUGGUAACUACAACUUGUGCCCGUGUAUGGUCUUUGCGGCCACCCCACCAUAUGACGGCACCUUGGCCCGCUUCUACACUGUUCCAGAGGACUUUGUGGUGAAGUUACCAGACCAUGUGUCUUUGGAGGAAGGGGCGCUUGUGGAGCCGUUAUCUGUGGCGGUGCACGCCACCAGAAUCGCCAAGGUGACCUUUGGUGACCGUGUGGCUGUCUACGGGGCCGGGCCUGUCGGCUUGUUGAUUGCUGCCACCGCUAAAGCCUACGGUGCGACCGAGGUUUUGGUCAUCGACGUGUUUGACAACAAGUUGGAGUUGGCCAGGACCUUGGGUGCUACCCACACGUACAACUCUGGGGGCGACAGAGGCCUUUCGGAGGCCGAUCUGGUUGCCAAGCAGCUUGCUGCGUUGAAUGGCAUCCCCCCAAACGUGGUCUUUGACGCUUCCGGUGCCGAACCGUGUAUCAGAGCCGGGAUCAACCUCAUCAAGGCUGGUGGUACUUACGUACAGGUCGGUAUGGGCAAGGAUGACGUCAACUUCCCGUUGACCGUGAUGGGCACCAAGGAGCUCACCGUCAGAGGCUUGUUCAGAUACUCCUACGAUGAUUACAAAAUGGCAGUUAAGUUGGUUAGCGAGAAUAGGGUUGAUGUAAAGAAGUUGAUCACCCACAGAGUCAAGUUUGACGAUGCAGUAAAGGCGUUCGAGUUGGUCAGAGACGGCAAGGCCGUCAAGUGCAUCAUCGACGGGCCGGAGGAUAUCUAGGUAAAGAAUUUUAAUAUGAGUGGGAGGAUAUCUGAAAUUCAGGGUGUAGGUUCCAAUUCUACUGUAAAUUUACAGUCCACGUCAAGUCCUUUAUUUAUGUUAACUAAAUUCGGGAUAUGACUCUGUUUCCCAAAUAUCGCAACUAUCAAUCUAAACGUCCAAUAAAUCGCACUUCUUCCGGAGAUUCUUCGCGCUUCCGUGCUCUGCUCGGAAUCCUACGCGUUCUCCGAAAUUCCCCCACAAAACUUUUCACUCCUGCAUGCAGGUGCAGCUAUAUAAGCACCGCUCCUUUGUCCUUCUCUUUUCCUCAUCUUUACCGUCGAUAUACCAUCUACAA